CGCUGCAUUCUACAGAGGAAACGGAAAAGACGAAACAUACAAAAGGGUUUUUCAUUUCAAACCCCGGGACUGUCGAAAGAACAGAUAGUUCUUUUUAAUACCUAAACUUAUUUACUUUUGGCUUUAUUGUCUGACCAAAAACCGUCUUUCUUUCCGCUAUUUGUACUGUUUGCACAUCUUUUCCUCAGCUGUUUACAGCUGGCAGAAAGCACCCGCCCUGUUCGGGAAAAAGGGACCGAGAGUGACCGGAGGAUGCCACCCCAACCUUCCCAGCCGCAGGUGAGGAAGAACAUCCUGAAGUUCCUUAAAAGUUUUUUGGGAAUCAUUCGGAUCCUGCAGAUUGUUUUCGGAGCCGGGCUGUGGGUCACCAUCGCUGCAAACAAAUACGAAGGAUCCAUCCACUUCGUCCUGUUCGUCGCAGUCCUCUUCUGGCUCCUCACGCUCGCCCUUUUCUUCCUCACCCUGCUGGACAAGCAGGACCUGGUCCCGCUGCUGGGAGGGGAGCGAUGGCUGUGCACUAACCUGGCACACGACGUGGCCGCCGCCGUGCUCUACCUGCCGGCUAUCGGAGUCAUGAUCUACAAGACGGACCGUAACUCCUACUGCAACCUGGAGCUGUACAAACACCUCUGUCUGUACAAGGUCUACCUGACCGCCGCCGUGUUCGCCUGCCUGUGCUGCCUGGUUUACCUAGUGUCGGUUAUUUAUGGAGCCUGCAGGAAGUGUCGAGGAGAACAGACGGUCAUCUGAUGAGACUGAAGGGGGUGAGGGCAACACGGAGGGGUACGGUUCCUUUUUCAGGGGGCAUCCACAGCAAGAUGAGGAAUAGUUAACUUCACUGUAAUUUAACUCAACAGAGCUCUACUUAUCGCAGGAUUUUGUUUACUACUUUGUCCCCCAUUCCAAACUUUACACUCUGGUGGUGAAGCAGAAUCAAUUCAAAAUCACUAUCAGUUUAUUUUAGAGUUGCUGGCAGGAAAAAUACACAAGUAGCUCAGCGGCCUAUAGUUACCCUGGAUUGAGUCUGAUUUGAAAUGUGUUAGGAGGUCUAAAACAUAUUUCAUGUGUCUCCUAGCUGUAGGUAAGGCCUUGCAUUUAUCUCUUAAUUUAAUGUAAUUUUCCUGCAGAAUAAAUAUAUUUCUGCAAGUGCUACUUAUAGAGGGGUAGCAGUAUAAUUAUUGUUUACGAUUCAAUGGCCUUAACAUACCGUGUUUAGAUUUGUGUUGGUACUGUCAAUCUGAAACCUCUCAUAGGGGUUUUCUUUUUCUAAGAGAUAUUUUGUAUUACCUUUUAUAUUAUAUGUUUUUUAUGUUUUGUAUGACAGCAAACUACACCGAACAGUUAGUGGGAAUGACUACAAAAAAUUGUGGACUUCCUUUUGCUCUGUUUUUUGUUUUGUAUGACUCCAACUUUGCAAACAGACCUAUCAGUGCCUUUUUCAGUACUCUGUAUACUCAACAAGGUUUCUUUUUUACAACAAUCCCACAAUACAGUUGUAAUUGGUGCUACAAUGUCUAUGCUGAACGAAAGUAUACUUUAAGUGUUCAUUAUGUAAAGUCAAAGAAUAAAGACCAGUUAAUUGAGA